AUGGGGCUGCUGACUGUCCCGGUCAACGAAGAGAUCAUGGGCCAAGCAACCUGGCAAGCCGUGCUGCAGCACGCACUUCAGCGCCACGAGGUCAUGGACGAAAUCAAUGCGGUUACCUCCUUGCACCGUGCCGCAAAGCUCUAUCGCGAGGACGAUGCCGGCCGAACCCCGUUGGACAUGGUUCAUCGCCACGCGGGCUUCUUGUGCUUGCUCGAGCUGACAGAGCACUUCGCUGCAAAAUGCCGAGCCCAGCAAAUUGCCAAUGCUCUCUGGGCCUUCGCUGUACUGCUCUUCCGGCAAGAGCGGAUACUUUGCUUACUCUGCAAGUACGCAGCAGCAAGGCUUGCCAUGUUCUUGCCGCAGAACGUCUCCAACUCUGUUUGGGCCUUGGGCACGGUCGGAUAUCCGCACGACGAACUGCUGGAUCUCGUUCCAGCGCAUGUAGCAGCAAACAUCCGGGACUACAGCCCCCAAGAUUUGUCGAACACCUGCUGGGCCUUUGCACGCUUGCAGAAGCCCUGUGAUGCACUUUUUCGUGCGAUUCUAGCCGAGUCGUUGGUCCAGCUCUGGAGAUUCCAGCCCCAGAACAUGUCCAACUUGAUCUGGGCCUGUGCGACCGUUCUGUAUAAGGACGAGGCUGCAAUGCGGAGCAUUGCCAGCUUUGCAGCGACUCGGGCAGCUGAGUUUGGCACCCAGGAGCUCUCCAACUUCACCUGGGGGCUGGCUACACUGGCCAUUCUCUGUGAGGAUUGGAUGGAGGAGAGUGGUGGGGAAAUGACAAAACGAUCCAGAGAUUGCGUGCCGCAGGACCUCUCGAACACUUUGUGGGCAUACGGCACACUGAAGCACAAGCGAAACGAGCACAUGCGUGCGAUCAACUGGGAGGUGAUGCGCCAGAUUGAAUGGUUCUCCCCACAGGGAUUGUCCAAUGUGAUAUGGGGCCUCUCCGCCAUAGAGUACCGAGAUAUCAAAGCUUUAACAUGUAUCAGCGAGGAGAUCAUACGUCGCCCCAUGGACCAUCUGACGCCGCCAGACAUCUCCACCUUACUGUACAGCUUUGCAGUGCUCGCGUGGUCCCACGAAGAUGCAUUGCUGAAGCUGCGACGAGCCGUGCGUUUGAAGAUUUCCCAAUUUGCCUCCCGGGACGUGGCCAACGUAUCCUGGGCCAUGGUCACCUUAUCUCAUCGGGACGACAACAUAUUCCGUAUGCUGAUGGAGAAGGCAGAGCUUAUGAUUCCAGAGUUUACAAUUACAGGUCUGUGUAACAUUGCCUGGGCGUUCGUGCGUUUUGGCUUGAAUGUACCACCUGGUGUCGCUCGGGGCAUCGCGCACGAGACCCUCACACGAGGAGACGAGGUCUUUGAAGAGCCUGGCGAUGCUGUGCUGCUCUCGGAUGCAGUUUGCAGCGAGUGGGGCUGCCACGUUCCGCAUGAGAUCUUCGACCAAUGCGAUGCAAUCGGGCGUCAGCCGUAUCAUGAGGUUUUGGAAUUUUUUCAGGACUUCGACAACAUCCCGUCGAUCAACUGCAGCCAAGUGGAAUCCGAGAGAUAUCAGCACAGAGUUACAGGCUUCAAGACCAUUCAGCUUGGUCGGAGACUGACAUGCGAGAUGUUGCGCAAGUUCAACAUGCUGGAGGAGAAUCUGGAGAUGUGCCGACCGCUGCGGCAGUUGCGCGAAGACUGGUUGCUGAAAGGUAUCCAGGCCGCGUACGAAGCUGAUCCGACAGAUGCGACAAUGAAGCACAAAACGACCUGCGCGUGGACACUUUCCAGUGGUCCCGGUGAGCAGACAGACGCAAGAGUUGUGGCAAGCGGAACAGCUAUGGAUGAGCCCAUCAGGUUUGUGGCGUGCGUCGUCGAGCACCCACGUUCCAACGACGCAGAGUUUCAAGUGUUGAACAAAGCCGCAGACCGGCUCUUGAGAAGCCCUGCUGGUGCUGGCAGUGAGGCUACAUUGCGCUUCGACGUCAGUGAGAUUCCUUGUCUUUCGUGCAUGGGAGCUCUUCGGCAAUUUCAGAAGUCCUUCCCUCGCGUUCGCAUGAGAGCUUCUUUCAGCAUACGCAAGGUUAUGGAAGUCUGCAAAGAUUGUUCCCAUGACAUCGAUCGGCAGUUGGUGAUACCACCACGACAGCCGACGGACCUGCCAAAGCCCACGCUGGAGGAAGUGCUGGAAAACCGUGGUCGUGGUCGGCCUGCCGCGGCACCGCAGGCCCCGGCCGCCACUGCCCCGCAGCGCCGGCACCUGCGGCGGCCUUUGGGAACGACCGCCGCCAGGGCCAAGGAGUCAGCUCCAGAGCUCGAAAAAGCAAAGCCAAAGCCGUACCCCCCGUCUGUGCGAGUCUUGCAGCCUGAUCCGGACACGAUUACACAGGAGGCACCGCUUUCUCGUCCCGUUUCCGUAUAUGAUCAGCUGAAGCAAAGGGACUGGGCGCAGGUCCAGGUGACCAAAGAUGCACAAAAGCAGAACAAGCUGAAGGCUUCCGCGACGACGAAAGCAGCCCAUUUCUUCGGCGAGAGGGCUUUGAUGAGCAACGAGCCCCGUGCAGCCACCAUCACGGUGGUGUCCAACGAGGCGAAGGUCUUGGUUCUGGACCGCGUGGCCUUCAAUUUACUGCUAGGGCCUCUGGAGGACAUCAUCAAAGCGCAGGAAGAGGGUCAGAAGAGGUCUUCGGCGCUUGGCAAAGGCGGACCUGGUACUGAAAAGAGGCGGAAGCAGGACAGGAUCCAACGCAAGGACUUGGUUCGCCUAGGCCUACUCGGCUGCGGUGGUUUCGCCUCUGUGGAGCUCUGGGAACACAGGGACACAAAAGAAACCUAUGCAAUGAAGUGUGUCUCCAAAGGGUACAUUGUCAAAAUGGGCAUGCAGCAGAGCAUCUUAAACGAGAAGAACAUUCUCAUGAUGACGAACUCUUUCUUCGUCAUCAAGUUGUUCGAGUGCUUCAACGGGAGCCAGACACUGUAUUUCCUUCUUGAAGCCGCCUUGGGUGGUGAGCUCUAUGCAACCUACAACCGGAAAGGUCUCCAUGGGAGCGAGAAGCAUGCAAAGUUCUACAUUGCAGGCACAGUCUGCGCACUGGCUCAUCUGCAUGACAGACGCAUCAUCUACCGAGACCUGAAACCUGAGAAUCUGCUGCUCAACGAGUCUGGGCAGCUGAAGCUCACGGACAUGGGUCUCGCAAAGUUCGUCGUUGGGAAGACGUUCACGACGUGCGGGACUCCGGACUACUUUGCUCCAGAGCUCAUCUCCUCGUCCGGGCACACGAUUGCGGUGGAUUGGUGGACGCUUGGAAUUCUGCUUUUCGAGUUUAUGGCUGGACAUCCUCCCUUUGAGUCGCCGACACCAGUGGAGACGUACUCGAAGGUCAUGAAAGGUAUUGGGAAGGUGAAGAUGCCGCCGAAGUGCCAAGGGGCCAUCGGCGACCUGAUCAAAGGUCUGCUCAAGAAGGAGCCCAGCGAGCGUCUACCAAUGCGACCUGGCGCAAUCCAAAACGUCAAGGAUCACAAGUGGUACGUUGGCUUCAACUGGGAAGGCAUGGAAAGCCAGAAAUUGGAUCCUCCAUACAAGCCGAUCGUCAAGAGCAGCUUGCACCCGCAUUGA